UUUGCCUGCGGCGCAGUCCACUGAACAUUUACUGUAUUUCAUUUUGGGGGAACAGCAACAAGAGCCUCCGGAGAAGCUUUCCAGGGAAUGCUGAGGAAUAUCGGACUGCACAGAAACACCACUCACUGCUGACUUUUCUGUUUUUAAAAAAAGAUCCUCUCUGAUCAGAUUGAUGUCACCAAACUAGUGGGGAAGCUCGGGUCAGUAGGACAGCGGCCGCACGCGGACUGUUGUCUGUCGGACGGUGCUUUUUUUUUUCUUCUUAAAAAAAAAAAAAAAAAUUGGGUCCCAGCAGAAGCCGAAGAGAGCGAAGCAGAAACAAAAGACGCAAAGAAGAGUAAGAAGAAGAAGAAGAAGAAGAAGACAGUCAAAGUGAAAGUGAUACAAGAGUCCGGCUCAGAAUGAAUAACAACAAAAUCGAGAAAGAAAACGAGCAGAGUGAAUUCACCAACCACGAAGAGGAGGUCCGAACGCUAUUUGUCAGUGGACUACCACUGGAUAUUAAGCCGCGGGAGCUCUAUCUCCUGUUCAGACCAUUUAAGGGCUAUGAGGGCUCCUUAAUAAAACUCACUUCAAAACAGCCGGUGGGGUUUGUCAGCUUUGACAGUCGAUCAGAAGCGGAGGCUGCUAAGAAUGCCUUGAACGGGGUCCGGUUUGAUCCAGAGAUCCCCCAGACCCUUCGGCUGGAGUUUGCCAAGGCCAACACUAAGAUGGCCAAGAACAAGCUGGUUGGCACUCCCAACCCCCCUCCCUCCCAGCAGAGCCCCGGGCCACAGUUCAUUAGCAGAGACCCAUAUGAGCUCACAGUGCCUGCUCUAUAUCCCAGCAGCCCAGACGUGUGGGCAUCAUACCCUCUGUACCCGGCGGAGCUGUCGCCGGCCCUCCCACCCGCUUUCACCUACCCCUCCUCGCUCCACGCUCAGAUUCGUUGGCUCCCACCUGCAGAUGGAACUCCUCAGGGAUGGAAGUCCAGGCAGUUCUGCUGAAGUAUGUGUUCCUGAUGUGUGAUGGUGGCCGUGGCCGGCUGUGACGGGCGUUGCUGAUUGCCUCUCGUGUCUAAUUAGAAACCAGGAGGACUGACCUGACUCCAGCUCUCGCAGCAGCGUUACCGUCGGCAGCAGCAGCCUCAUGGGCCUCAGGACAUACUAGACCCCAGCCUCCAUCACACAUCGAGUCCCCUGCCCCCACCCCACCUCUACCCCACCCCAAAAUCCCUCCAUCUCUUUUUUAUACUGUUACAUACUCAAGAUUUUACUGGCAGCGCUUUAGCUACACCUCCUCUGACACCUACAUGAAAGGUACCGGGGCACACAUGACAAAGGCGCACACACACCCUUUGUUUAACAGUUGACUGCAUCGCCCAUCUAACGUUAGCUGGUCUCUUGCUUUGCAUUCUGCACAUGCGAGUAUAAAGACAGUCCGCCAAAGGAGUGCAAACACAACUUAUGCAGCCACUUUGCAAGGCCAGGCGUGUGGAAGUGUGGCUAAAGCGCUACAGGAUAAUGUUAUUAUAUGACUUAUUAUUACUAUUCUGUAUAUCAUUCAUAUUAAUGUUAUUAUGAUGAUUAAAUACAUGUUGAAGCAUGACUUUGCAAAAAAAGGAAAAAAAAAACAAUGCUGUACAUUUUUAGAUAUUUUAAAGAAAUACAAAAAGGUAUUUUUGUAAUCAAGACAAUGUUUGAAAUGGUUCUGUUUGAUUGGUUCUUGUUGUGCUAAAGUGUGUGAGGAACUUUCAUACUUUUUUUUUUUUUUUGCCCUUACUGUUUCCUGCCGUUACAAAAUGGAAAGUCACCAUGCUAUACCAAAGCAGUCCUGUUAGUUUGCUCUUAUGUUUUCUACAUAUUAUGUGGAUUAUGUUUCGUUCGUGUGUGUAUUGUGGCGUCCUUACCCGAUGAAGACAUUAGUCCCUUGUCUGAUGUGCUUUGGUUCGACUGAGCAGUCGAUGUUAACACGGAGAGAAAAAAACACACUUGAUUUUUGCAGGUUGAGGUAAAUCAGAUGUGUUUAAAAAAAAAAAAAGGAGCUCACUGAGGCAUUGACAGGAGUAAGCCAUCGCCAGUGAAGGUAGAGUGACCCUGAGACUGCAAUACACAGCAAACUGAGCCCUGCUAUAAUUAGGAAUUUGCUCCUUCAUUGUGUAGCAGGAGGACAGCAGCACAGUAUAGAGAAACAAAAAGACCAAAGGCAUUUUUUUUACACUGGAGAGCUAUCUAGGCUAGUGGAAUUAUUUCAUUUUUGACUGCUUUGUAGUCCACAAUCUGAUUUCUUAUGAAGUAUGACGUUAUUUUUGCUGCAUGUCUCAUUCGGUGUCACUCCAAAGAGCCACUCUGCAUCUGAAAGGAUAUUCACUUUAAGCAAUUUGUCUCUUUUGUCUAUUUUUAGGGAGCCAGUGUGAUUCAAAAUGCUUUUGUAAAUUUUUGAAUUUACAUAGUAGUGAUGGGAGUGGAGAAAAAAUAAAUCUUUUGUAAUCUUAUGUUUUCUGGGCCUGCAAUAACGUCUUUGCUGUAUGACAUAUCAUCGAGUGAUCGUCAUCCUGUGACACUCUUUGACGCCAAAAUUCUCAUUCAUGUCACGUUCUUACAAAAACAAACAGUGAUUGUUGUACUCCUCUGAUGAGGCUAAGUCACAUUUCACAGUGAUGUGACAAUCAGAAAGUGAAAUGAGAAAACAACCAUCUCCCCUAUCGUAUUUAGCCCAGGUGUGUACAAUCAUAUUGGAUCGGUUAAAUCAUAUAGUCAGUGUUUUUAAUCAUUAAAAAUAAUAUGCACAUCAUAUCAACUGAUUUUUUUUUUUUUUUUUUUUUGCUUUUACAGACAUUUUUUUAAGCCAAGUGUGGCACCAAAUUUAUUAGAAACAAGUAUUUAUAAUGUGUGUGUGUGUGCGUGUGUUUUUAUGGGUAUUAUGUUUUUAAAGUUCAUAGAAGAUGCCCAUCAUAUAAUUCAGUGUAAGUAUUAUUGUAAGUUUAAUUGUAUAUUCAUUUGGUAAUUUUCUAGAGAUUCUUUUUGUGUUUGUAUCUGACUGAUCAGAACAUACUGUAUGUAAUAUAUGAAAUACUGUUUUACCUACAUAAUUCACUGUGAAAUCCAGAGAAAAAAAAACAUGCCCUUUGAACGAAUGGAUCUUUUUGUAUUUUGCCAGCAGUACGGUACAGAAGUUCCUAGAAAAUUAAUAUGAUGAUCCCUCCUUUUCUGUCAAUGAAAAAUACUCCUUUCUUGUUUCUGUAUACCGUGUGUGUACCCGUGUGUUCUGUGCAUGUUCACGGCAUGUGUGUGUUCUUCUUUUUUCUUUUUCUUAAUGCAUACAGUACUGUUGAUAUUUAUGUAUUUUAGCCACUGUGAGGAGAAACUGUAUUUCAGUGAAUUGCAGAGGUUGGUUUGUUUGAAAAGACAACAACAACAACAAAAAAAAAAGGUGAUCAAAAUGAGAAGUUUUUAUGAAAAUGUUAAAUGAAGACAUUUCAGGCCGUCUGCCAUUAAAGACUGUGA